AUGAACGAUUUAUUACAUAAACAUGGAUGCGCCAACGUAUUUUCUGUUCCUGAAGGAUUGAAGGAACUUAUGUCCGAUGUAACACGAGAAGUUUUGCGUGAACAGCCUCAAAAAAUUUACGAUUUUAUUUCUAAUUACUUAUCCGUGCUACUCAUAACACGAGAACAUGGAAUCAUGGCGGUAAAGAUCCUGGAUGAUCUCUGCGAUUGCAGACCCACAGUAUCAGAGCACUUGAUACAAGUGGGACUACAGAUAGGAGAAGCGCAAAUUUUAUCAGAAAUAAUUAAGGAAGAAAUUGAUGGAUUCCAGGCUAGUGAGGGAAAAGAAACAAUAAAAGAAUAUGAUAUAAUGAAGAAGAUUCUUAAAAAAAUCCCGUUAGAUGAAGUAAUGGCGGCCAAGGUGUGUCAAGUAGCAAGGAACGCGUUUCGCGACUACUGGUAUAGGAAGCAAACAAUGGAAAAGGAACUUAAAAUUAAGCCGAAAGAACCGUGGGAAGUCGCUGCACAAAGAACAUUAGAAUUGUACAGAAGAACCAAGCCAUCUCCGAGUGAACUGAUCAGGGCCACUGAGAAAAUACAGGCCGCUUAUAGAGGAUACUACGUUCGUCGAAAUCUCCUACGUCAUUUAAGACCUAAAUCCAAAAGGAAGAGUCCUAAGGUAAAUUUGCCGGGACCUCCGCUCGAUGUCGCAGCCUCUAGAGAGAUUGACUUAGGACCAUUAUUGAAUAUAAAAGUUCGUGAGGACGACAUCAAUGCAAUGUUUAAUGAACACGCAGCUGAAAAGCUGGGACUGCCGUACGAUCCAAUGAGAGCGUUAACGCAUGUCCCUGAUGAAGAAUAUGUUGAAGAAACUGAUUAUUCAUUACCUCAGGACAAGUUAACCAGGGUUUCGGAAAUACAAUCACAGAUUCCGAUGACGUCGAGUGCUAUUGGCUCUCAUAGUCGAGCACCAAGUGCUGUUCCAAGCCAGCUAUCUGAGGGAAAACGCCAGAGUCGCUUACCAAGUCAAGCAGAUGCGAUUCGUAGCCGAAUAGGAAGUAAAGUCGACGCUGUUGAAACUAUUCAAAAAAUUUCAUUCUCAGAAGUACCGCCGGUACCGGUAAAUACUUCGGUAUUUGCAGAUGAUCUAGAUGUUAUAGGUGAUGUUGAAAUCAAAGAAGUAUUAGCGCCGGAUACUGUCGAACCUUUUGAAACUGAUGUAUUGGAAUCUGAAGUUCCAGAAGAUAUACCCGAUGAUCGUAUUGAAGAUACUGAAGGUGAUGAAGGAAGUGCACCAAUAGAAACCAUUCCAUCAUCAGCUCCUGAAACUGCUAACACUACUGAUGUUGAAGACGAAGCCGUAGAAGAACUGAACGUUACUGAUGAAGGAGAAGGUUAACAAAUUGAUGACGACGAUAAUAAAAGCACAAUCCAGAAAAAAAUAGUUUUUUUUUAUUAUGAAUUUUUAUAUG